AUUUAAAAGCCACCCCCUUCACAGAGCGUCCGAUUAGAGAUCGGGCUCUGUCACGCGUGAGCGCGCAGCGCUUGUUCAUGCACUCAUUCUUAUGCAAGCCGCCCAACACAGAGCCACGAUGUCCGACGCUGCUGCUCCAGCAGACAACAACGGGGAGCCUGCAUUAAACGGGUCAUGGGUAGAGCUGGAGAUGAACAGAAAUGCCGCCUCUCUCUCUUCCUCCAGCCCCUCAGUGCCGCCCCCUCUAGCCCAGCUAGUAGAGGAGGAUGUUGGGAUUGUGGGGGGGCUUGAACAUGUUCCCUCAUCAUCUUCCAUCCACAAUGGAGACAUGGAAAAAAUCCUGUUAGAUGCCCAGCAUGAAUCCAGCCGCAGUAACUCCUCAUGCGACAGCCCUCCUCGACCUCACAGUCCUCAGGAUGAAGGCCAGAUCAUUUUCGACGUGGACGUGAGGAGGGACAGUCAGGAGGAAGUGAUGGAGAAGAUCAGAGAUGAUGACAUCUUAAUGAAGGAUUCAGACCGGGUGGCAGACUGGUCAAGUAGGCCAGAGAAUAUUCCGCCUAAGGAGUUUCAUUUCCGGCACCCGCGGCGUUCAGUGACUCUCAGCAUGAGGAAGACAGGAGCCAUGAAGGACGGAGGCAUCUUCUCUGCGGAGUUCCUCAAAGUGUUCAUCCCCUCACUGCUUCUGUCCCACAUCCUGGUCCUGGGUCUCGGGGUCUACAUUGGGAAAAGACUGACAACUGCCUCUGCAAGCUCCAUUUGAACACCGAUCUGAUCGAGUGCCUCAGGCGUGACACGGGUGGAUUAGGGAGAAGGUGGCAGUUUUUAUGAAGAAGCCUCUGCUGCCCUUUCUGCUCCUUUACUCUUUUCAGCCACCUUUCUUCCCUUUUUUAGUGGUUCCUUUAUUUAACCUUUCCAGGUUGAGAAGCAUCAGGCCCUCUUUUUUCCUCGUUUAUAAUUUUCUGUUUCUCUUUUCCAGUUCUGAAUGUUCUAACACCCCCUUUGAGUUAAUUUUGGAAGUUUUUGCUUGAAACCAAAUGUGCACACACUAGCUCUGCCCUAGCUAGAUUCAGCUAGGAGGUAAAAAGCAUCCCGUUUCGGUCCAGUCACCUGACCCAACAGUGGGCCACUCCCAGGUGAUGAAGAAUCCCCCUGGUUUUCACCCUCAAAAUGGGAACAACCGAAAUAUAUUGAAUUUUGAAGUUAUUUGAGCAUGCCUGAGUGCUAGCUAAGAUUUUAUUUAUUACUACAAAUGCUACCAAUUUUAGUUAUUUUAUUAUGGACUUGGAAGUGUUUUUGGAAAGAUAGGGCUCUCCGUAGACCCCAAACUCUUCUGGUAAAGACAAAAAAAAUAAUAGCUGAGGCAUGAUAAACAUUUAUGACUUUAUCAAAUGCAAUUUUAUACCAACUUUUCCAAAAUCUUUUACACAACUUUUUUAAAUACUUCAUCUCAUAAACCUAGAUAAAAACAGUCUGGUGGGGUUGAUGGAUCUCUGAAUGAAAUAAGUGAUUAUUUUACCUGUCCUUGUUUCUAUGUGUUUGUUGUGUCGUUUUGUUAGUUUUCUUCACGUACAUAUCAGGACCUAGUGAUUUCUCACUAGUGUCUACCUACUUUUCAGCGCCACACAGUUUAUAAUUGGCAUUCAGAGCUGAAAGGAUCUUGCUAACAAGAACAGUGGCUUUAGUGUUUUGCCAUGCAGUAAUGGCUGGGUCAGACUUUCUGGAAUUUUGUUAAACAUUUCCAUACUUCCCAGUCUCUUAUUAAUUUAUGUCAUUUCAGAGCUGUUAGUUUGAGGACAACUGUGCAAGAUAAAUUUGUAUCUCCAAUUUAUAGAAAUAAUAUAUAUAUUCUGUCAUUAUUUCCUCAACUUCAUGUUGUUCCAAAAAAUACAUUCUUUUAGUUGUAGAUCACAAAAGAAGAAGCUUUGAACAGUGUCUGUUCUGCUCUUUUCUGAUCUAUGAAGGUUCGUUGAGAUAAACUGGAAAAGGGCCGCUUGGAUUUCUUUAGAAUAUCUCCAUAUACAAAAGGUUGAAUAAUGAUGGCAGAAUUAAAAUUCUUGUUUGAGCUACUAUCCAGGCACACUUAGUCAUAGUCACGCACAUUUAGUAAACCCGUAUAACUCCAGCACAACAGGUGACUUGUGUUUUUCCAGGACAUCCCAGCGCCCAUCGUUGGGAGCUGAAUUUGUGUAUUAAACCCUAAAGUGAAUUCUCAUCAAGUCUAGUAGAGUUUUGCCUUGUUUUUUAAGUGUAUUUUGGAUGUGAACAUUUUUUCAUUGGUCUUCAUUGUCUACCUGAGGAUCCACUUCUCCUCGAACACAGCUGCCAAAACUAACUCUUAUGAACUUUGUGCCUCAUUUCCUUCAUUAUUGAUAAGGCGUCCUGUUAUCACUUCCUGUCAUUUGUUGUUUUGCAUCUUCUUGGUGAGCAUAACUUUAGGGAAGUUCCUCAUAUGCUUUUUUUUUUUUUUUUUUUUCUGGCAAUCAAGGUACAGUAAACUAGAAGAGAAGGCACAGAUAGUUAUUUUAUUUGUGUUGGCAGUUGGAAAGAAGUUCUUCUGACUGGGAUGCAAUGAUGAAAGGAAUUGUGAUUUUAUUGAUUUGACAAACCUUUUAUUUUCUCCCCUGCUGGAAAAAGUUUUAAAAUUAAAAGAACAAUCUGCAUUUUUUUGUUGUGUUGAAAUAAUGCAUUUUAUUUGUGUUUGAUUUCAUUAUACAUGAUAUUGAUGAUUUCUUGAAAUCUUGAAAAUAUUGUACCACACAUACAUACUAUUUUUUUUAUCUUUUUUUUUUCAAAAGGAAUUUCUCUCUAUCAUCAUCUAUGGUUUAAUAAUGCUAUUAUCAUUUAUCAAUCAACAAUAUUGUUCCUCUGUGUCAUUAUCGUUAUAUUCAAAUAUAUAAUUAUAGUUUACAUUUUUUAACUAAUAUUAUUACAGUAAUCGGUCUAGUUGAUAACCAUUAAUCAGAGGUCACUUCCAAACUAAGCUUUAUUCAAGCUAACCAUUUUUGAUUCUCAGAACAUUCUGGGAAUUGUAGUUUUUGGUUCCCAGAACGUUCCCUGUUGGUUAUCAAGGAAAGUUGUCUUAACAUAAAUAGAACGUUCCCCUUUAGGUCAGGGGGAAGUUCCCUGCACAUUCUCAGUAGGUUCCAGGAACGUUCCCCUAACCUAACGGGAACAUUCUAUUUACGUUUCAAACCAACAGUGAACGUUCCCAGCACAUUUUCCAAACAUCUUCCAAACCUACUAUAUAUCCUGGUGUACGUCAGUAAUGAUCCAGCACCACCGAUGCCGGUAGAGUUAAAGGUUUACUCCACCCCCAAAAUGCUAAUUUUAUCAUUAAUCCCUUACCUCCAUGUCAUUCCAAACCUGUAAAAGUUUCGUUCGUCUUCGGAAACAAAAUUUAAGAUAUUUUUGGAUAAAAACCAGGAGACUUGUGACUGUCCCACAGACUGCCAAAUUAGUUACAUUGUCAAGGUUGUUUUUGUAAAGUGCAUUUGACUUGACACAUGUCCGAAUAGUAAGCUUCACUUCCUGUCUCAUGAGAUACCUUCAUCUGAUCGAUUUUUGAUGGCAGCAUCUAUCAUUCACUUCCUUUGAUAUCCCACAAUCCUGUUCCAUCCCGUGACGGUUAAGCAUACAGCAGCAUACAGGAAAAUAAAUGUACACUAUUAUUAUAAUUUUUGAUAACUUAAACUUACCUUAUUAUUCUUGUAUAUUCAGAAUCACCGUUUGUCCAGUGGUAAAAGUGCAAACAGUAGCUCUGCUUCUUUUCCCAGGUUCAGCAAAUUCGGUUAUAGUUUAUUGCUAAAGUUUAAGAUUACUGAUUUCAUGAAGACUCUUCACAUGUUUAUUUCUCUCCUGAUUAAACUGCUCUUUGUUUUGUCAGGUUG